AUGAUGAUCUUCACUAUUCUUCUCCUGAUCUUCUCGAUUUUCCAUUGUUCCGAGAAUCUGAUGGCCUAUGAUUCAGCUAAUCAAUUUCUGAAUAUUCCACACAAUGAAAUCCACGUCAUCACCGAUGCCAUUGAUAAUUAUAAACCUAAUUUAAGAGUUAGGUUUUUGAACUUGAAUUCGAAUCAGAAUUCGCUUUCAAAAUCCAAGAAACGAAAGGCAAAUCUGCUACAAGAUGGAUUCAUAAGAAUUCAGAAUAAUGUUACUGAGAAUAGAAAAUCGAAUAGAACAUCAACGAAGAUCGAGAAUGUGAAAGUGGUGGAAAACGGUGAGAAGAUCGAAUUGCGAUUUGGUGGCGGGUCGAAAGCGCAUUUUCCGUAUAAUCGAGUGGUGGAUUGGUAUGGAAGGGUGAGUUGGGAAGCUUCUGCAUAGCGAAAAUUUCAUUCUAGAAUUUUUUUUUAAAUUUUAUCUUAACAGUUUCAAAACUCACAAUAGAACUCAAAAAAUCACUGUUUCAAUAAUUUGUGAAAUAAAUUUCUGAUCAAAUAAAAACGAUUCAGAUUCCAAUAUUAAAGGGCAGUAAAAAAAAUUUAGUUGAAAAAUGUGGCAGUCGUAAAAAAUAAAAACCAGUGCAACUACUUCGUCAGUCGCGUGCGGCUAUGCGUCGCGGUCGGGAAACAAAGGAAAAAAUGGGUUAUUGAUUGUUUCUCGACCGCGACGCACAGCAGCACGCGACUGACUGCACUGGUCACGACCAUACAAGGCGCCCGUUGAGUCAGACGUGAGACGACGAGAGUAUUUUGCAAAAAUAUCCCGAAAAUGAAUUUCGUGGCGAGAUAUUUUCAAUAAAAUGGGUGUGUUCCUUAACCAAAAAAAAUACGGUAUUUUUUCAAAGGGACACACAUUUUUUCAAAAAUAUCUCGAAGCGAUCUGUCGCUGAUGACGUCAUUAGACUCCAGUCGUCUCUCGUCUGACCCGAGCACGUCGUGCCACCACACAAAUCCGAGGAGACGCAGAGAAAAAAACACCGUACCUCUCCCCGGUCGUUCAGGUGAAUCGCUGCAAGACCAAGCUUCAAACUGUCUAUUGGAGUAAAUUGUCGUGGCCUAGAAAACCAAACAUUUCCUCUUCCAAUACAAAAUUUGGUUUUCUCUUCCAUUGGUUCUGAAAUUUUUUGGAUUUGAAUUUUUUUUUCGUGAAAAAUAUUUAAUUUGAGAUACAAAUCACAUUUUUGCUGAGUUCAAUGAAUUUUCAAAAAUGAUUUGCAGAGCUCUGAUCGCUUCCACACCACAAGCACAACCACCACCACAACAACAACCCUCCCACCAACACCCCCACAAAUCACACCCAAAAAAUGGGCGCUGAGCACAACAACCACAAUUGCACCAAACUACUCGGCCCAACCCGCGCUCUAUUUACCCUCCAGAUUUCAUAAACGAAAAGAGAAUAUUGUUAUUGUGUAUAAGAAGAAAGUGUGA